AUGCAUAUCCUCUCGUUAACUCUGUUGUCGUUCCUGCUUGCUGGCGCAGAGGCUGGUGUGCCCAAGAACAAGUACAACUGUACCAGCUUCAUUGUCCGUGUUCCCAUCGACAAUGUAACCCUCGUCGAUCCACCCUUUGCUCCUUUCCCAGAUCAAUACGCUGCCACCUCAUUCUCCAACCAGGUCACGAUCCGGACACCAUCGGCCCCCCAAGUGAACCUGUCCUCCUUGACCACGACAUUCAACAUCUCGGCUGAAUACUGCACGCCAGCGGUCCUGGGUCCAAAUUCGUCCACUCUCCAGAUUCUCACCCACGGCCUAGGCUUCAACAGGUCAUACUGGGACUUCUACCUCCCGAACGCGACAGACGAUGCAGAGUACUCCUACAUCAACAGAAUCACAGGAGCAGGCUAUAGCACGCUCUCGUGGAACCGCCUGGGCAUCGAACCCUCCACCAUCGCGGAUCCCUACAAACACAUCCAAGCUCCCGUGGAGCUAGCCACGCUCGCAUCCUUGACCCUCCUAGCCCGAGCGGGAAACAUCUCUCAAGUCCCCGUUCCCAAGAAAGUCAUCCACGUCGGCCACUCCUGGGGCAGUACAUUGAGCCUCGGCCUCGCGAGCGUCGCACCGACCUUGAGCGACGGUGUGGUACUCACCGGGUUCUCAGGCGUCAACCAAUACCAACUUCUCUUCAUCGCAGGCAGCGCCUUCCACCUCGCGUCCUCCAACGCGCCCAAGCGCUUCCCCUCCAAACAAUACAGCACGGGCUUCGUCACCUGGCCCGACAGCGCCGCGAAUCAGUACUCCUUCUUCGAGUACCCGUACUUCGACCCAGCAGUCCUCGCCCGUGCAGAGGCAACCAAGUACCCAUUCACAAUCGGCGAGUUCCUUACCGCCUCGGCCGUUCCAGCCACCGCGCCGAACUUCAAGGGCCCUGUGCUGUUCCUCGCCGCCGAGGCCGAUCUGAUCUUCUGCGGCUCUAAUUGUACGGGUUUGUAUGGUGCGGAUAGCGUCACGGUCGAGGCGUUCAAUGGCAGCAGCAGCGUCGAGACGUACAUUCAGCCUAGGACCGGCCAUGGCUUAAACUUGCAUAAGAACGCCACUGGCGCAUAUGAUGUUGUUCUGGACUGGGCUUCGAAGCAUGGGCUCUGA